UUACAAACUUUUGUAAAGCCAGCCAGCCUUGUUUAUAAGCACUAGCCACAGGAAAAGAAAGAAAAAGGGGCAACUAUCAUACCCAUCAAAGAAAAAGCAGAGAGAGAGAGAGAGAGAGAGAGAAGGGAAGAAAAGAAACAGAGAAAGAAAGAUAAUAAAGAGAGGAAUUCAAGGCAGGAGAAGGGUUUCUGUGAAGCUUGAGCCUUGAGCGAUGAUGCCGAAAAUGGAGCAACCACAGCAACAGAACCAGUUAGUAGUGCAAAACUCAGGCAGCCUUAGCUUUAGCAGCCAAAUGUCUAAAGAAGAUGAAGAGAUGUCAAGGUCUGCCCUUUCCGCCUUUAGAGCUAAAGAAGAAGAGAUUGAGAAGAAGAAACUGGAGGUUAAAGAGAAAGUACAAGCUCAGUUGGGUCGUGUUGAGGAAGAGACCAAACGUUUGGCCAUGAUUCGUGAGGAACUUGAAGCACUGGCAGAUCCCAUGAGGAAAGAGGUUGCUGUAGUUAGAAAGAAGAUUGAUACAGUGAACAAAGAAUUGAAGCCACUAGGGCAUACUGUCCAGAAGAAGGAGAGAGAAUACAAGGAAGCCCAGGAGGCUUUCAGUGAAAAGAACAAGGAGAAAGAACAGCUUAUAACCAAAUUGAUGGAGCUGGUGAGAGAAAGUGAGAGGUUGAGGCUGAAGAAGCUGGAGGAGCUGAGCAAGAACAUAGAUUCCAUGCACUGAUUAUAUAUAGCCUAGUGCUGAUAACUUAUUAGGUUUGUGUGAUGUAUUUAACGUAACUGCUCUAUAUUUAUAUAUGGGUGUUUUUCGGUUUGUUGUAUUCUAUCGUUGUUUGUUUUAUUAGCAUUUGAUGGAGUCUUUGACUGAUUUAGGAAGGGUAAAAUGCCCUAUAAAACAGGUUUGUAACUACAUGUAUCUUGACUCUUCAUUUUGUUCUCACUUUUUUCUCUUUUCUUCUUA